AUGCAAUUUCUUGAUGAAGCAUCGAUCCGUGUCCAGGCAGGCAAAGGUGGCAACGGUUGCUUGAGCUUCCGGCGUGAGAAAUAUAUUGCCAAAGGCGGCCCGGAUGGCGGCAACGGCGGUGAUGGUGGAGACGUCUUCCUGGUGGCGGAAAGCAGCCUCAAUACACUGAUCGAUUUUCGUUAUCAGCCAGGCUACAAAGCUCAGAAUGGUGCCUCAGGAGCCGGGCGCAACAAAACCGGCGCCGCCGGUGAGCACAGUUACAUCAAGGUCCCGGUUGGGACCACCGUGGUGGAUGAUGAAACCCAGGAAACCCUGGGUGAUCUCAGCGUUGCGGGGGAGACCUUGCUGGUCGCCAAAGGCGGUUAUCGUGGCGUAGGUAACGCUGCGUUCAAGUCCAGCACCAACCGAGCCCCACGCAAGACUACGCCAGGCAAACCUGGUGAAGAGCGACGGCUGCGUCUGCAAUUGAAGCUGAUGGCUGAUGUUGGUCUGUUAGGGCUGCCAAAUGCAGGCAAAUCGACCCUCAUAGGGCAGGUGUCAGCGGCUAAUCCGAAGGUUGCCGACUAUCCCUUUACCACGCUGGUGCCGAGCCUGGGUGUUGUGCGCGUCGGCACCGACAGCAGCUUCGUGAUGGCAGACAUACCGGGCCUGAUCAGUGGUGCCGCUGAAGGCGCCGGUCUUGGUGCCCAGUUUCUGCGCCACCUGGCACGGACACGGGUUCUUUUGCAUCUGGUAGACGUAUUACCUGAAGACGGCAGCGAUCCCGAGGAAAAUGCAGCGGCCAUCGAAGCUGAAUUGCAGCAGUACAGUGGCGCGCUGAUGGAGCGGCCCAUCUGGAUUGCUCUGUCGAAAGUUGAUCAACUGGAAGACGAUGCGCUUGAGGCACUGAAACAGCGUUUUGAAAAGCGUUUUCCAGGUCGUCCGAUUCAUUGCAUUUCUGCCCUGGGUGACGUCGGCCUGAUCGAACUCACCCGCGCACUUAUGCAGGCCCUGCAAACCCAUCAGCGUCGUCUGAUCGAAGAUGAAGCGUUUGCUCAAUAUACCGAAGAGCUGCAGCAGCGUAUCAGCGACGAUGUGCUGGUGCGCAAUUCGCUGACCCGGGUCAAGAAAGUAGUCGUGAAGGUUGGCAGCGCCCUGCUCAGCGAUCCGGAACACGGUUUGGAUCGGCACAAAAUUGACGCUUAUUGUGAACAGAUUGUGCAGUUGAAAAGUCAGCAUAUCGACGUGAUUCUGGUGUCUUCUGGCGCAGUAGCAGCAGGCUGUCACAAGCUUGGCUGGGCGCGUCGUCCGGAAGCUGUCCAUCAGUUGCAGGCCGCCGCUGCGGUAGGGCAGAUGGGGCUUGCCCAGGCCUACGAAAGCGCUUUGUCUGAACACGGCCAUGCCACCGCAAUGAUUAUGUUGACCCAUGACGAUCUUGCUGAUCGCGAACGUUAUCUGAAUGCCCGGGCAACCCUUUCGCAACUGCUGCAGCUCAAUGUUGUACCGGUGAUCAAUGAAAACGAUACCGUGGCGACCGACGAAAUACGCUUUGGCGAUAACGAUACAUUGGCCGCACUGGUGACCAACCUGGUUGAGGCCGACCUGCUGGUGAUCCUGACCGAUGUAGAAGGGCUUAUGAAUGCGGACCCAAGGGUAGAUGCAGGGGCACGGCGCAUCGCCCAUAGUCGCGCACAGGCGCCGGCACUCGAUGCGCUGGCGACUGCUGGUGCAGGCGCCAUGGGUAGAGGUGGAAUGCUGACCAAGCUCUCUGCUGCGCGUCUGGCCGCGCGCUCUGGUGCUAAUACGGUCAUCGCGUCUGGUCGCCAGGACAAUGUGCUGUUGCAGGUGUUGGCAGGUGCCGAUGUCGGUACGCUGCUAACUGCAGAUUUGACCCCAAUGACCGCGCGCAAACGUUGGUUGGCGGGUCAGUUGCGCGCGAAAGGCGAUCUUGUGCUCGAUGCAGGUGCAGCUAGAGCGGUCGCAGAACAAGGCGUCAGCCUGCUUGCUAUCGGUGUGGUGAGUGUUAAGGGUUCUUUUCUGCGCGGCGACAUGGUGCGCAUGCUGGAUGCAGGCGGCAGGGUGAUCGCUCAGGGGCUGACUAAUUAUUCAAGUGACGAAGUGACUCGGCUUGCAGGUACCCAUUCUGAACAGUUUGGGCAGCGGAUCGAUUACGUAGGUGAACCAGAGCUGGUUCACCGCGAUAAUCUUGUGGUGGUCUAG